UAGGCUUCAUGUGAAGAGAGGAAGGCAUCCUGCAAAAACAAGGCACAGAAGUGGGAACCAAGAUGAUCUUGCUCUUCUUCUGCUUGUUCUCUCUAGCGUCGUCUUCUGCUUUUCCUGCAGAUCCAAAGAUGGAGCAUGAAGAAAGCAGGCAGCUUGCUCAGGCAUAUGUAGGUCAGUUCUACACACUUGAAACAGAAGGGAGUCAUCUUGUUCAAAACAAGAGCAAUGUCCCCUUAGAUGGAAAACUCCGGGAAAUGCAAGCAUUUUUUGGAUUGACAGUGACUGGGAGACUUGACUCUAACACCCUUGAAAUCAUGAAACAGCCCAGAUGUGGGAUGCCUGAUGUGGGCCAAUAUGGCUAUAUUCUGCCUGGGUGGAGAAAAUACAACCUCACAUAUAGGAUACUGAACUAUACUCCUGAUAUGGAAAAUUCUGAUGUGGACGAAGCCAUCCAAAAAGCUCUGGAAGUGUGGAGCAAGGUGACCCCACUAACAUUCACUAGGAUUUCCAAAGGCAUCGCUGACAUCAUGGUUGCUUUUAGGACUAGAGCCCACGGAAAAUGUCCUCGGCAAUUUGAUGGUCCACUGGAAGUGCUGGGCCAUGCUUUUCCUCCUGGCUGGGGAAUUGGUGGAGAUACCCACUUUGAUGAGGAUGAAAAUUGGACCAAAGAUUCAAGUGGAUUCAACUUGUUUAUCGUAGCUGCUCAUGAGUUUGGCCAUUCCCUGGGCCUCUCUCAUUCCAAUGAUCCCAGUGCCCUGAUGUUCCCAAAUUAUGCCUUCAUUGAUCCCAGCAAAUCUCCCCUUUCUCUGGAUGAUAUCAAGGGCAUUCAGGCCAUCUAUGGAUCCUCACCUAAGGUAUCUGCUAAGCCAAAGAGACCCACUAUCCCCCAAGCCUGUGACCCUAACUUGACUUUCGAUGCUGUCACCACCUUCCGCAGAGAAGUAAUGUUCUUUAAAGACAGGCAUUUAUGGAGAAUUCAUCAUGAAGUCUCAGAAGUUGAAUUUGAAUUAAUAUCUUCAUUUUGGCCAUCUCUGCCAGACGGUAUUCAAGCUGCAUAUGAAAAUAAUAGGGAUGAAACUCUGAUUUUUAAAGAUGGACAUUUCUGGAUGAUCAGUUCAAAUGCCAUUCCGCCAGGUUAUCCCAAACCCAUCUACGACCUUGGCUUUUCAAGGCGCAUACAAAAGAUAGAUGCUGCUCUCUUUAACAGGAACACAAGAAAAACCUAUUUCUUUGUUGAAGAUAAGUACUGGAGAUAUGAUGAAAUAAACCAAUCCAUGGAGAAAGGUUACCCUAGACAAAUAUCAGGACUCUUUCCAGGAAUUGGCCUUCCAGUUGAUGCUGCAUUCCAGUAUAAGAGAUUCUUCUAUUUCUUCAGUGGGACAAAACAAUUUGAGUUUAACCCUUAUACCAAGAAUAUUACUCGCGUUUUGGAGGCCAACAGCUGGUUGAAGUGUCAAAAAACAUUCAACUCAUUACCUUAUUAUUGUUUCAGCCAUGAAAAAAAUUCAAAUUCAAAAUCAUUGCAAGUGAUUUCUCAACAGAGUUUUAUAUUACUUAUUUACUGUAUCGCUUAUCUGCUGACAGAAAUCUACAGCUGAUGAAAGAACUGUCAAAUAAUAGACAUGGAAGAGAUUUCAAAAAGUCAUCAAUUCUAGACUUGUGCCCCAAAAUAUUACUGAAUCAUUCCUGAUGGAAGGCCAUAAAUCCUUUCCUUAAAGAAUAAGGAUGGUGACUCUAUGUCCUUUGGGAGUUACCAGGUUCAGUGUUUUAUUAUGUUUAGCAUUAAGUUGUUCUUAAAUCUCCCAUAUGACAAUCUCAGUACUUUGUCGGCAUAAAGAAGACUUGAGUAAGUGACUAAUAAUGACCAAAUACUAACAACAUUUAUUAAGCAAAAUUCAGAAUUGUUUUUCAACUAGAUCAAAUAACUCCAAUCUAACUAUAACUUACAUGUGUUAAGACUGAGUAAUACACAAAUUGCAAGCAUGUGUACCUGAACAAUAGAUAUUUGAUUGAGGCACGUGAAUGUGAAAAGAGUGUCCUUUCGCAUAUUUAUCAUUCCUCUUAUAAAACAUAUUCUUGGAUAUCCUUCAGAUUCUAAUAAUAACUGACAUUCAUAGAGUGCUCUAAAUUUGAAAGUUGCAAAGUGCUUUACAUAUAUUUUAUCAUUUAAACCUCAUGAUAACCCUGUGAGAUAGGUACUACAGGUAUUAU